AAAUAAAUCUAGUGCGAGACUGUUCUAAACGCCAAGCAGAUGUAGCUUCCGUUCAACAGGAUAAAUCAGUUUGUUCAUCAACGACAUUUCAUUACACAACAUUGUUAUGUUAAAUUCAACGAAAUGGAGAUAUUUAGUUGUAGAUCGAAGCGCGAUUAUAUUCUAAAACUUAACAUAAAUUAGUCUAGGUGGCGCAAGAAUUUAGGGAGUAGUGAGGUGCCCCUUAGUGACGUCAAGUGUUCUUCGUUGCGGUAAAUGUUUUCGUUACAGCAGUAUUGCUAAGAAGCGCUACCGGAACACUGCAGAAGACACGAAAUAAUGAUUUAAACUCAUAGAUCUAGCUUAGCAUUAUAUUUCCUAACUGGAUUUAACAAUGUGAAUUUCUUUUGCGCCAUUCAAAAUAGUCUAGAUUCUUUAAAUAAAUAAUUUUAUUUUUAAAUAGCUUAGAUUCUAGAUUAACAUUACCAUGAAUUUCGAGAUUCCGCCAGGAUUAACUGACUUGCUACAAGAAUUUACUGUUGCUGUUUUGAGAGCACGCCCCCAAAAUUUAGAAGCUUUUGCAUGUGAAUAUUUUAACAAAUUAAACGAAAAGAAGAAUCCUAGUCUUAAAGGAAAUUCCAUACGAUUUCAGACAGAAAAAACUAUAAUUAAGGAUAAUAACAAUGACACAGGCGAUGAAGAUGAGGACGAUGAUCCGCCUGCUCCACCACAAGCUAGAGACAGAAGAAAGUCAGUUUCGGCAGAACGUUAUGACCCUGAGGCUGAUGAUGAUCAGGGAUACACUAAGGUGGUUCACCCCAAGUCAGAUGAUCAAAGAAAGAGGCUGACUGAUGCUAUUAAACACAUUCUCUUAUUUCGUUCUCUGGACCAAGAGCAGAUGCAAGAAGUUUUAGAUGCCAUGUUUGAAAAAGAGGUCAGCCCGGGUCAAGAGAUCAUCACCCAAGGAGACGACGGGGACAAUUUCUAUGUGAUAGAUAAUGGGAAAUAUGAUAUCAAAGUCAACAACAAAAUAGUUGGCCAUUACAACAAUGAAGGUUUCUUUGGAGAGUUAGCCUUGAUGUAUAAUAUGCCAAGAGCAGCCACCAUAGUGGCAUCUUCAAAAGGCACAGUCUGGGGUCUGGACAGACAGACUUUUAGAAGAAUAGUAUUGAAAACAGCCUUCAAUAAGAGGAAGCGGUAUGAGAAGUUAAUAGAAGGCUGUUCCAUGCUGAAAUCACUUGAUAUGUAUGAGCGUAUGAAUGUGUGUGAUGCCUUGACUUCUCAAGCAUUUGCCCCAGGAGAUAAAAUUAUAACUCAGGGCAGUGAAGGUUCACAUGUUGGUGACAAGGCUGAUUGUAUGUAUUUUGUGGAGGAAGGUGAGGUACGAGUGGCCAUGAUCAACAAGGCAGAUGGGGCUGACCCUAAGGCUACUGUUGAAAAAGAAAUCAAUCGUAUAGGCCCAGGAGGAUAUUUUGGAGAAUUGGCAUUAGUGACUAAUAAACCACGAGCUGCUUCAGUCUAUGCCAUUGGCCCUGUCAAAUGUGCAGUGCUGGAUGUCCAUGCUUUUGAAAGACUGAUGGGUCCCUGCAUGAACAUUAUGAAGCGAAACAUUGAAAACUAUGAAGCCCAGUUAGUCCAGAUAUUUGGCAACAAGUCCAAUAUCUCUGAUUUACGAUGAAAUUAGCCAAUAAAAACUUAGUUUUCAAUUAGUACCUUUGGAUCAAGAAUGAAUUCUGAAUGUUAGCUAGGUAAAAAGUGAUAAACCCUGACUUUAAUCAGGGACAAAUUUCCAAAAGUUUUCAUAUUUUACAGGGUAAAACUGAUUUUUCUCUUAUCACAAAAAUUCCUUUUUGAAAAUAGCUACCUCAAUCUUUUGUCUAGUGUGAGCACAUUAUUAUUGCAAUGAACAGCAGUAUUAUGCUAGAAUACAAUUUACUUGAAAGUGGUCCUAAAAAUGCUUAUCUCAAAUGUGGUAUUGAAACAAUAGCAUUGCAAUGACCUCAUUACUAAUAACCAUUGUAUGGCUAACAAUGCAGGAAGAAACCAUUAUGUUACUGGUACUGGUAAAAUGGUUUAUGAACAGAAAAUAGUAUUGAUUGCCUCCCUGUUUGAAUCAAACAUCUUCAACAUGCUCUAGUGCAGUGAAUGACUUCAGAAUGUAUAUUUGUAUUGUGUUUAUUCAAUCAAAUCUUUUUUUUUGAACCCAUUCAUCUGUUCUCUUUGUUUUUGUUUUCACAACACUCUUGGGUCAGUUCAACUUGGUGAGUGAUUGGUUUUAGGGUUUUCCUUUGGGGGUUGGGGGGUAAGAUUCAAAGCAAUAUGGAAAUAACAUCAGUGUAUACACACCACAUAUAAAUAUGUAACAAAAUAUAUGUGAUGUUGAUCCUUUGUAUUUUGCUCUGUCAUUCUUAAGAAAUUAUUUAUAUGUUUGACAUAAUAAAUAGAAGUUAUAUGUGUGCUUUAAAUACCAAAUCAUCAUUAUUUUUUUCUGUUUCAAAUUUGCUCAAUCAAAUAUAUCUAUGUGUUAUUAUGUGUUGUUUUAAUGACCAUGUGAUGUUGCUUAGGACGGUGCUAAUGGGCCAAAGAUUUUAUUUGAUGCUGUAAGCAUGGGAAUAAAUGUUAGAAAGGCCCAACUAUUUCUGUAUUAUACAUAUAUGUCUAUAAAAAAAAAAAGCAUUAUGCUGUCAACCAUGAAUAAUGGAUCCUCCUAUCAUGUUGUUCUCCUUCAUUAUCUAAAUGUGGAUCACUGCACUCAAUGUUAUAGAAAUAACAAGUCAAUAGUGAAAAAAAAUGUGGGAAUCAUUGCAAAAUAUCUAAUGCAGCAAUUCUCUUGCCAACUUUGAUUGUAAUUGUUGUCACAUAGCUGUAUGUGGUAUUUAUGGGUGAAUACAUUUUCUGUACAAUUUUGUUCACAGCUGAAGUUUAAAAUAAAUUUAAAAAAAAGAAUCUAGAAUUGGCCAAAAUAGAAGAACAUCUGCUUUCAAAUUACUUUGGCUGGCAAUUGUUUUGUUUUCAUUAGUUUGAGAGUGAAUGUUAACUUUUUUUUUUUCAAAAUCUUUUUCCCAUUGUGUUUAUUCAGUAGUCACCUGCUGCAUGUGUAGGACUUAACCAAUAAAAUUAUUGACUUGA